GCUGUCCAAUCGGAUAAGAAGAAAUUUGUAGGGAGAAGAAAGUUGAAGCAAAAAUUUAAAGAAAAAACAAAUUAACAGAAAUGGAAAAGGUUAUCUCUGUCGAAGAAAUCUCCGGUAGCCAUCUUUGGCCGGCGGUUUCGAAAGAGGCCGAUGGAACGCCGGCGAUGAAUCGUAGUGCCUCCGAAUGGGCAUUUCAUCGUUUCAUACAGGAGUCCUCCGCUGCCGCAGACGACGCCAGUGCCGGAGAAGCUGCGACGGCGUGUGGCGAUUCCGUCUCUGGACCUCGUUCUCCGAAUGUUCCGGUGGAUUCCGAGAAGUACAGAGAGUUUCUGAAGAAUAAACUCAAUCUAGCUUGUGCUGCUGUCGCCAUGAAAAGGGGAGCUUUCAUCAAACCUCAGGAUACCUCUGGUAGAUCUGAGAAUGGUGGAGCACAUACAUCCAGUGCAUCAGAACAAGGCUCUCUAGCUUCUUCCAAAGCUACACCAAUGAUGAGCAGUGCUAUAUCAAGUGGAUCUGAGCUCUCUGGUGAUGAAGAAGAAGCUGAUGGUGAAACAAAUAUGAACCCUACCACUGUUAAGCGUGUGAGAAGGAUGCUUUCUAACAGGGAAUCAGCUAGACGGUCCAGAAGAAGAAAGCAAGCACACCUUAGUGAGCUAGAGACACAAGUCUCACAGCUGCGUACGGAGAAUUCGAAGCUCUUGAAGGGUCUCACUGAUGUAACUCAGACGUUCAAUGACGCAGCUGUAGAAAACAGAGUUUUGAAAGCCAAUAUCGAGACGUUACGAGCAAAGGUGAAAAUGGCUGAGGAGACAGUGAAGAGAAUCACAGGCUUCAACCCAAUGUUCCAUACAAUGCCUCAGGUUUCAACUGUCUCUCUUCCUUCGGAGACAUCAAAUUCUAUAGACACAAGCAUCCACUUAGCCACACCGGAGAUAAGCUCAGGCAACAAAAGCAAGGCCUCGAUCGGGUGCAAAAUGAACCGAACAGAUUCGAUGCGUAGAGUUGCGAGUUUGGAACAUCUUCAGAAACGUAUUCGCAGCGUUGGGGAUCAGUAGCUGUGAAGCAGAAACUUGAUCUGUAACAUUAUCAAUAGAGAGGGAGAGAUUGAGACAUAAAGUUAUAUGUUCUGUAAAGAAUUAAUUGUCUGUUAUAAUUUUUUUAACCCUUUUGAAGUGCUUAGUUAUCUCUGAUUCUGUCUUCUUCCUUUUUUUUCAAAUUGUCUCCAAUAGCUGCAGUUGGUUGUAGUUGUAAAUACUAAAAAUGUUAGCAAAAAGUUAUCAAAUUCGAGCUUCAUCCAUUUUAUUUAGUGAAGCAUGAGCUAGUGCAAACAUUACUGUAAUAUCUUUUUUUGUAAUGUAAAGUUUAAUCCUGCAUCAAAGAAAAACCUUUUACAAA